GUGACUCGGAGGCAGACGCACGUCAAGUUUUUGAGCCCUUUAUUUGUUCAAAAACAUUACUUUUAGUGCUUUAUUUUGUGUAAUAACUAUCAGAAAGGAACUCGUAAGGAAGCUUUGUAAUAACUUAUUAAGAGUAAACUAUUCAACAUGUUAUCCGAGGAAGAAACUAAUAAAAUAUGUGAUAAACUCCGGAUUGCCCGAAAUAUUGCACAAAGGAUUUAUAAAACUCCUGCUGUUUCUUCCAAAGAGCCUGAGGAAUUAUCCAAGCUAGUUAGCUUAUACACUGGAGUUAAGGAGACAAUUAUUAAUGACAUACUGACAAAAAAUAAUAAGAAAUCAAGCAAACCAUUUUCCUAUUGGUGCAAGCAUAAUCAUAUGAAGAAUGAUAACUUGACACCUCGUCUAUCGUUCCUGAAAAUGAGGAGGAUAAUAUUUAACCAAUACGUGAACAGACUAAAGGUCCCCACAAAAAGAUCAAUAAUUGAAGAAGUAAGAAAUCUUAACUCUCAGCUGUACCAGGAAGGAUAUCAAUGCCUUGAUGAAGACUUGGUCAAUUUAGGCUUCAUGUGGAAGCGGCUACCUAAAGUCAAUAGAUAUAUACUCCUUGAAAAUACCGAACAGUUUUACAACAGAAUGAAAUACUUGCAGCAGAUGAAAGAAUACAGAGCUGCAAAUAGAGUGAUAGUGCAUUUGGAGCGGACUCUUUCAUACUUCUUUGAUUCAGACAGGAUUCUGGUAGCAUCUCCGCAGGUGGGUAUGAUCGAUAUAUACUUGCCUCCAAAAGGGCUACGUAUGGAACAUUGGCUGCUAAAUAAACUUCAUCUAAUACCACCGAAAUCGGUUAUUGUAAUAGAAACAUCGAAUAGAGCAGCAAUGGAUAUAGAACAGUUAAACCACUGCAAGUUACCUAAUGCGCAUAGUCAUAAAGAUGAAAUGAUCCAGUGGUUACAAGCUAACGAUAUUCCUUGCGAUGCUACAAUGCACCGACAACAAUUAUUCUCUUUAGUUCAAAAAUACAAAGUGCAUUGCAAACCCAAGUACAGAUUCUGUGAAUUCUUGAAAACGGCUGGACACGAUGUGGUUCUUCGACCUCCUGAAUUAGCUGAGACAAAAUACUUCAGUGAUACCCUGAACGAUUUCUAUGUUCAGAACUAUUUACAACCCUCCCAGUCAACUUUGGUGGCUCAUAUGAAUUUGAAUGAAGACUUUUGGUUAGAUGCAGACCGAAAAAUGGCGGUAAUUGAGAAUAAUAUUUACAAUGAAGACCAGAAAUUGGAAUUGGUUAUAGAGAAGCUUAUGGAAAAUUUGGGAAGUGGUUCUGUAGAUAAUAAAGAUUUAGAAGAAUGUGAAGAAGAUGCUUUCGACAGUGAUUAUUAUGGUAAUUUCGUGUAUGAUGCGUCCCAGGGUGUACAAACAUAUGAAGUGGAAGCCACUUCAGUAAUUGAAGAGUCUGUUAAACCGGGACCUUCAACUGCUCCGUGAAGGGUCAAUAAUGU